AUAAAUAGGUAAAGGAUGCUGAUGUGCUCUGGUAGAGCUCUUAUGCCCUACUCCCUGACCUCUGCACUGCUGUGCACAUAGUUCUCUCUCCAGGGGGCUGCUGCCAGGCACCAAGAGCUGAAUCAAAGGCGGUGUUUUCCCCACGUACGCUGCCUGCGAGCAAACACAGCACACACAGCGCUUGCCAGAGAUGUGUGGGCUGCUCGUGCUGGGCGCCGUCCUGCAGGAGGUGGAGGUAACAAAAUGUGCAGCAGCUGCAUCUUCCACUGAGUUUCCAGAUGUUGCCAUAUAGAUGCUUCCCCAGCAGUGCUUGCAGGUGCUGUAGCAUCAUCCCCUUUUCCUGUGGAGAUGCCAAGAUGUGCAGGUGAAAUCCUGUCCCACAGCUUGGCUGCAGAGCACCUGAAUGGUGGGAACCAGUACUGAUGCCAUUCCAGGGAGUGAUCUGCAGAGCUGUGCUGUGUCCCAGGGCCACGGACAAAUUGCUUUUCUCCACAUCUCCCCUCCUCACACAGAGAAAGGUCCUGAAAGGGUGCAGAGGGUGCAUGUGGGCAGAGCUGUGCUCACCGCUCUGUUUAUCUCACUUUUCCCACGAGGAACUGUGAAGCCACAGAGCAGAGCGUAAGGCUGAUCAGCAGUAGCCUCAGAGCUGGGGCUGGUGGUGCUGCAGCUCUCACUACUGGGCUAGCCUAAAACCUUGUUUUCCUGUGACCUUGGUUUCCAGAUCAAACAUCUGAGUGCUCACAUCCGUUUUAAGUGAUGCCUCACUGUGCUGCAGGUUGCAGCAGCUGCUGCUGUACCAGGCUAUGGAGGACUCAUCUUUCCCCUUCGGGGGGUACAGCACAGGUCUUGUGAGCACUCACAUGUGAGCCAGUGGAUGACUGGGACAAGGAGGGUUGUUUGGGUUCCCCUGGGCCACGUUCCAAGGCACCAGGACGGUUCCCGUGCUAGCACUUGGUAUUUCUGCUCUCAGGGAGGUGAUUUAGAGAGCAGCAUGUGUCUGGAGAGUCCCUGGAGUAAGCAGAACAAGCACAGAGAGCAUGUUCCUGUAAAUAAAAAGCUGCUUAUUAAAGGAAAUUGCCCCCUUGCUCCAGCAUUAGCACCCCUGCCCUGUGGCCUCAGCCUUGUGCUGAAGGCAGCUUGGUGGGAAGCUGGAGCAGAUGGUGAAGCAUUAUGAAGGAGCUUUGCCCCCUGCCCCCAGGGCCGCGGCUGCCUGCUCGCAGGCUUUUCUCCUGCUUCUGAAUGCAGGGAACAGGGAACAGACCGGGGCCCCUCUUUAGCUGAGAGGCCUCGAGUGACCCCACGCCACCGGGCAGACCGCAGCACGGUGGUGCCUGCAGCCUCCCGCCCCCUGGAUGCGGUCUGAAGCAGCGACGCGACAUGGACAAAGCCAUGCUGCAGGACGAGGCCGGCUGGUGCCGACAGCUCUCGGUGGAGCUGUUUCACACCGUUCUGCGCGCUGGGCGGGCGGUACCUCUGUGCGAGGUGCAAAACAAGGGGCUGCCUCCUGUCUCCGCUGCCGGCAGGGCAUGGCGCUCACCCUCUCCUAUGUGCUGCUCGCCUUCCUCACCCUGCUGCUCCUGUCCUGGGGUUCAGGGAUUCUCAAGAGUCAAGUGGUUCUUGUGACAGUAGGAGAGCCCGUGUCGAUGGAGUGUCCUUUCCACAAGUACAACAGCACUAGCAAUCCAUUCUAUGAGAUCCUCUGGAGCCAUAGGAAUGACUUGAGAAGGGUCCUGCAAUUUAGGAUGACACGCUCCAAUCAGUCCUGUGUGUAUGACAGCAAAGGCCGCUUCAGCGGCGCUCUGGAUUUUGGAAGCAGCAUGAGCUUUCUCAACAUCUCAACCGUGCUUAUGAAUGACACUGGCCCUUACUUCUGCUAUGUGAAGAUAGGGAACAGCGAUCCGACUACAAAGAUGAUUUUCCUGCUCGUGAGAGGUCAGCAGCCCUGGGCGGCCCCUGGGGACCUCAGCUACUCUGCACUUCAGGGCAGUAAAGUCACCUUGGAUUGUGAUUUCCCCACUAACCUGACUGGCAACUUCACAGACCUCUUUUGGCUGCACAAACGAGACCAGAGCCCAUCCCAACUCAUAGCAUGGCACCUCAGGUCCAGUUUCCAGGUUGAGAACGGCAGCAUUGGAAGUCGUUUCCAGAGCUCAUUAGAUCUGGAAAAUCACCGGAGCCGUCUCACCAUUACUGGGUUGGAAGAGGAGGACAGUGGCUGCUACCAGUGUGAGAGAGGCCUGGGAGAGCCGUCUGGCGGGCAGAGAGGGAGGGGAACCAACCUCACUGUGAAAGGCUCUUCAUCUGUCCUGCUGGUGUGUUUGAGGAGCGCUGCGUUUGCUGCGAUUGCUCUGUGCUUGUAUGUUCUGUGCAGGUGUUAUGUCCAGCUGAGGAGACAGAACACCUUGGCAGAUGGUCUGCAUCCCCACUGUGGGCCUUCAGAGACCACGGGCAGGGAGACCACGAGCAGGGAAGCCAUCUACGUCAGCACUGGCAGCACGGAGUACAGCGUGAGUGUGGCCCCAGGCAUCGCAGAGCUCUGCAGGCAGCCAAAGCCCAGGGAUUGCUGAUUCCCCGCUGCAGUGGUACAGGAGCUGGUGGCCAGGAGCCCUGAGGAGGAAGCUGUGGCCAUGCUCCUGCCUUGCAUGCGGGACAGCAGCAGAUGUGAGGUUCCUCUGCUGCCAUGGGGUAACCAAGGCCGUUUUGUUUGUUCACAGCUCCUCACUUUCCCAGGAAGGAACCCUGCAGCAGGGGACGUGGGACAAAGAUGACAGCCCAGAAGGGCCCAGCAGGACACAGGGAUCUGUGCUGCACAUGCUGUGUUCAUGGCACCAUGGAUAAUUCUUCUCCAUUGUGUAUCAUGCAAAGGUCUCUAGCAAACUCCUCUCUCCUUCAGCAGUUGUUUCUCCUGUUCAAUUAAAUCCUCUUGAGAGCAAACCCUGUGAAUGUUUGUUCAGUUUCUGCUGUACUUGGCUGUUUUGGCUCCUGGUGGAACUGGCUUUUGGCUACUGUGCAUCUAGCCUAGCUCAGACAAAAUCUUGCACCACCCUCUAGGGCUGUUACCACCUGCCAGACACAGCCACAUCCUCCUCCCAUGGAGGAAAUGCUCGGCUGUUUUUUGGGGUGGAGCAACGCCUACAUGGCAGCUUUUCUUGCUGAAGGAGGGAGGGAGAGGUGCUGUUGUCUCUGUUCUUACCGCUGUCCCCUCAAGAAUGCAAAAUUGGAGCAGGGAAUAAAGCACCAAUUCUCACUGUCGUUGCCAAACCAGCUGCUUGGGCAGCUGUGGUGCUGCAUCAGUCAGUGCCUCUGGGCUCAGCUGAUGCAUGGCACAAGGCAGAAGAGGUGAAGGCCUUCCGAAACAAGCCUCUAUUGUUGUGACCUUGGUUUUGUAAUCAAAUCUCUCUGUGGUUGAUGAAAUCACAUCAAGAUGAUUGUGCUGCUUUUGUGUAAGGUGGUAUUUGGGUUUCCUCUGCCACCUCACAAUUUCCUCUGAUAUGUGCUGGCUGUGGCAGAGCACCACAGCGCUCUGUGCCCAUGCUGAUGAGGCUGCUGCUCUCAGCAGGGUGUUUCAUAACCAGUUGGGUAUUUCUGUUCCUCGUGGGAUGCAUCCAGAAAAACCCUGCCUCCACUCCACUUUGGAGUACCCUGCUGCCUCCUGUGCUGCAGACACACCAUGCUUUGAGGUGGUCAUGUUACAGUGGCUCUGAGGAGCAUCGGCCAUCACUUUUCACUCUUGUUUUUCUCUCACUCCUCCCCAGGGAGACUGUGUCACAGAAAAUUGGUCAAGGUCACAUAGAGGGAAGUCAAUGCUUUUGUUAGACAAACUGAUAUAGAAGGUGGAAAAAAUAGAUAAGCCGUUGGGCACGUGAGCCCCUGCUGAGAGCACCGCAGCGUGUCACCAUAGUAUCUGGUUUGUUGUGCCACACCUGUCCAUCUCUGGGACCAAAGAUGCAGUGCCAGGGUGGCCUAACAAGACAGGACCCUUCCCAGAUCUCAUGGCUCUGUUUUCCCUCCCUCACAGCCAGAGCACAACUAGGGCUGUGUGGAGAACUUGCAAUCAUCUCUUGGGCUUGGAGAUGCCUUGGGAGCUGGGCUGCAGAGUCUUCUUGCGCUGUGGUGGUGGUAGACAUGUGGGCCUUCAUCCCUGUUGACUCUGGCAGCUUUUUGCUUUUCCAAUCUGUAGUCCUUCUGCAGUGGGCACCAAUUGUGCAGCAGCCAGAGCCCCUGAAACCAUGUCCCUCUGGUAGGCUGAUCAGGGUUCAGUGUUGACCCCACUCUGUACCCUGUUUCUGGGGAGGGCUGCAUGUCUAAGGAUGUGACUGGAAGUGAAGAUGCAUUGGGACCCUCACCCCAAUGAUUACAGCCCGACUGCUAAAACUCCGUUGCAGCAAAUAGAGCAGUGCGGUGAGCUGGAGUCCCCCAGCCCCUUGUGUCAUUUACAUAUGCCUCACCAGCACAAGCAGCACACACAGUAACCCGGGCUUGUGCAGCACUGCAGUCUGUCUCAAAACAGCCUCCAGUCCUCUGCUCCUGGAUCCUACCAUGGUCCUGGGCUUCAUGCUCCUGUUGCUGGUGGGGACAGCAGGGUCAGCCCCCAGUACAACAUCAGCGACUUUGGCAUCACCUGGUACCAGCAGCGCCCAGGGCAGGCCCUAAGGUACCUGCUCUACUACAACUCGGAGCGAGACAAGCACAAGCCCGCCAGGAUUCCUG